GCAGAAGGGAGCGUUUGUUCGGGACGGGGCAGCCGAGCCGUUAUGUCGAACCUGUAACAGUUUGUUCUUCUCGUUCAACCGGAUUCAAACGCGACCCGGAGGAGUUCUCGCUCGUGGCCAUGUCGGCAGAGGACCUGGCUGCGGCUGCGUUUCGAUGGUAACGCGCCCGAAACCGUGAAGUUGAACCAAGCGGAAGCGUUUUGAAGUGUUGGAAGAAAGAGGAGCCGCGGGAGCCGUGCAGAUUCGGUCUGGAGAGAAUUCUCAGGAUCGCAGCUGCAGGCCAUUCACUGAUGGGUACAUACUGUGAGGCGACAGGCCAAGAGCACUGCAAAUCACUCCGAAAAGACAACAACUGUCGAAGAAUGAAGACGAGCUAGAUCUUGUCUCUUAAAAAACUUUUGAAGACUAGGUUUCUUGGAAGCAUCCAUUGACUGUACGCAGAAUCAGGGAAACCUGAAAAGUAACUGCGCUGGUUGAAGCUCAUCUUCAAACAGAACACCUUCGCACCAGCUGUCAGUAUGAGUGCUGAAGGAUAUCAAUACAGAGCGCUUUAUGACUACAAGAAGGAGAGGGAGGAGGACAUUAAUCUGCAUGUGGGGGACACAUUGUUGGUAAGCAAAGGAGCUCUGGUGGCUCUUGGGUACACUGAUGGGCUGGAACAGAGGCCAGAGGAGAUUGGAUGGCUGCCAGGCUUCAAUGAAACCACUCAGGAAAAAGGGGACUUCCCUGGGACAUAUGUAGAGUACCUCGGGAAGAAAUGGAUAUCUCCCCCCACACCCAAGCCCAGGCCCCUCAGACCCCUACCUGUUGCUCCAGCUACCUGCAAGGGAGAGGCAGACUCUGACUCAGAGCAAGGCCUCGCUCUGCUGGACGUAACGGAGCAGUUUACCCCUCCAGAGAUCGCUCCACCCAUACUGGCCAGACUUCUGGAAACCAUUGAGAGGAAAGGUCUGGAGAACCCCACUUUAUAUCGAACAUUCACUGCUGGAGCUGGACUUGAAGUGAGACAGUAUUUCGAAUGUGAUCCCCCCUCAGCAGACCUGGAUCAGUUUGAACUUUCGGUUCUAUGUGAUGGUCUGCGUAGGUACCUGCAGGAUCUUCCACAGCCCAUCAUCCCCACUGCAAUAUAUGCUCAGAUGGUUCUCACAGCCAAAGAGGUAGCGAAUCCUGAAGAAUGUGCACAGCUGCUACGUCGCAUUGCCAGCACCCCGAGCCUGCCUCCACAAUACUGGCUAACUCUCCACUGUCUGCUAAGGCAUUUCAAUAGAGUGUGCCUUAACAGCUCCAAGAACUUGCUCUCUGCUCGAGCCCUAGGAGAGAUCUUCAGCCCUGUGUUUUUCAGACAGCAAGCCACCAGCUGUGAACCCAGCCUGGAUACCCACAUCAAAAUCAUCGAGGUUCUGGUGACCAGUGAGGGGAGUGAAAGUCAUGCUGCUCCAGCUCUACCUCCUAAGCCGCCCAAGCCCACAUCUGUGACUAACAACGGUAUGAACAACAACAUGGCUCUGCAAGACGCCGAAUGGUACUGGGGAGACAUCUCGAGAGAGGAGGUCAAUGAAAAACUGAGGGACACCGCUGACGGUACAUUUUUGGUGCGUGAUGCCUCGACGAAAAUGCACGGAGACUACACUCUGACUCUGAGGAAAGGAGGUAACAACAAGCUCAUUAAGAUAUUCCACCGGGAUGGGAAGUACGGCUUCUCUGACCCACUGACUUUCAGCUCCGUUGUUGAGCUCAUCAACCACUAUCGCAAUGAGUCACUGGCUCAGUACAACCCCAAGCUGGAUGUCAAGCUGCUGUAUCCGGUCUCCAAACACCAGCAGGAUCAGGUGGUGAAAGAGGACAACAUUGAAGCUGUUGGGAGGAAGCUCUGUGAGUACCACCAGCAGUACCAGGAGAAGAACAAGGAGUACGACCGCCUGUAUGAAGAAUACACCCGAACAUCACAAGAAAUCCAAAUGAAAAGGACGGCGAUAGAAGCAUUUAACGAAACCAUAAAGAUCUUCGAGGAGCAAUGCCAAACACAAGAGCGGUACAGCAAAGAGUAUAUUGAGAAAUUUAGGAGAGAGGGCAACGACAAGGAGAUCCAGAGGAUCAUGGGGAACUACGAAAAGUUGAAAUCGAGGAUUAGUGAAAUCGUAGACAGCAAACGCCGACUGGAGGAAGAUCUGAAGAAACAGGCGGCAGACUACAGAGAGAUCGACAAGAGGAUGAACAGCAUCAAGCCCGACCUCAUCCAGCUCCGCAAGACCAGAGACCAAUAUCUCAUGUGGUUGACCCAGAAGGGAGUCAGACAGAAGAAACUCAACGAGUGGCUUGGAAUCAAGAACGAGAACACAGAAGAUCAAUAUUCCAUGGUGGACGAUGACGAAGACCUUCCUCAUCACGACGAGCGGGCCUGGAAACUGGGCAACAUCAAUCGACUACAGGCGGAGGCACUCCUCCAGGGCAAGAGAGACGGAACAUUCCUGGUUCGAGACAGCAGCAAAGCAGGAUGCUACGCCUGCAGUGUUGUCGUGGAGGGUGAGGUGAAGCACUGCGUCAUCAACAAGACCCCCUCAGGUUUUGGCUUUGCCGAGCCGUACAACCUGUACAGCUCAUUGAAGGAACUCGUACUUCACUACCAGCACACGUCUUUGGUCCAGCACAAUGACUCUCUGAAUGUGACGCUAGCGUACCCAGUCUAUACCCAGCAGAGACGGUGAGGACCCGGAUUUUAGCCACAUGGACACUCAAGAAAAGGCCUCAUGGGAGUUGGAGAUUCAAGUCCUGGGACUCCGUGGUUUAAAAACAAGGCUCUAGUGCCUAACUCAGACUUAAACGGAGGAAAAGACGCAAUAAAGUCUGAAACAUUUCAAUGACUCUGCCUGACCACGAGCCCGUGGCAAGUCUGAAUGUAGAUUUCUCUUUUGCAUUUUGUGGGAGCUCAGAAUCAAGCGGAAACUGCUGAACUCCCCCAGUGGAGGACAUAUGAGGCCUUUUCCCAACGGUGCUUGUUCUUUUUCAAAGCUUUACCAGCCGGAAUGUCUAAUCGCAGCAGAUAAACUCUUCAGAUGGAACUGUACCCACCGGCCACAAUUUUAUUUUUCCACUUUCUUUUUCCUUUCACAUCAUUUCUGUGUGUGUGUGUGUGUGUCUGUGUGUGUAUGUAUGUCUGUAUGUAUGCGUUUGUUUCUGCACAAGUGUUUGUGUGUAUGUAGCUGAGUGAGUGUGUGAUUGUCCAUGUGACCAAAACUCAUAGAAUCAGGAAACUGUGUGAUGUCAGGGGCUGUGUAACACAUUCACGUGUGUUAACCGUUCAGUAGCAAACCAUGGAUCAGCUAAUAAAUGUAGCAAAAUGGCACUUUUAAACAAAGUUUAAUUUUAUUUGUUUUUGUUUUUGGAAAAGACUCCUAUGUACUUUUAUCAAAAGAGCAGAGUGGACAAGACGUCGGCAUCCUGCCUUCUAACUGUUGAGCAUUAAAGCGCAGAAGUCAACUGGAUCUUUACUGUGGGCAGGUGAAACUACGAAUGGACUCACUAUUUCAUGUACAUCUGUGAAAAAUGUUUGAAGUCAUGUAUCAAAGUGCACCAUACCAAAAAGGAUCAGUUCCUAUUUAGUUAUAUUCUGAUCUGCUAUGCAAUUCUUUCUCCAUUGUUUUCUUCAGAAAUCAUUUUAUUCUGUUGCAACCCACAAUAUAAGCUUGUUUUAUUGCUUGUAAAAUAUAUUUUCCUGUGUAAAUAUCCAAGAGGAUAUUUUGUGUCAAAAUGCCGAGAUACAAUAAGAAAACUGUUUAUGAUUUUUUUAAAGAUAAUAGAAAUUAUUAUUUUACUUUAACAGCAGGUAUACAGAUGGAAAAAUUAAUAUUUUAUUAGCUUCAAACUAAUGUUCUUCUCAGGCAGAGCCUUUUGAGUAUUCGAGCUGCUUCAGUCACCAUUUCUAAGCCGACAUGCAGUUCCUGGUUGAAAUGGACAAAGAAGGUUCCGAUGACUCAGAAUGGGAUGAUGGGAUUGUAAAACCCUUAUCAACCACAACCAUGAAAACAGUAUAGAUUUAUUUUGUUAUAAAAUAUAUAUGUUCCCACAUGAGAAUAUAUGAAAAUAGACUGGUGUUUUCAAACCGAUGGAUAUUGUUAUUAAGGAUCACUAUACAUUGUCCGCUUAGUAUUUUUCUGUAUCAGAAAAUCACUGUGCUUACAUGGGUGGAGCAGCUCAUUUCAGAUAGUCUGUAAUUCAUAGUUCAAAGAUAACACGUGCCAGUGGAAUCCUGACUUGACCCCAUCUUUAAUCUAGUUUUACACGUCCACCAUCACGUGAUUGGUACAAAUGGUAAAGAACCAGUGGGCUGGUCCUCAGAAAAUAAUUGAAAUGACUCGUGGUUUUAAGUGUCUGGGCACCAGAACUACUUUGCCCCCCCCCCCUUGUUAAGUGGGAAAAAUUGCAAAGUGGAUCACUCGGAUGACAAAAUGUCUGCUGUUUAUAGUAUAUAUUUUCUAAACCUAUUUUAAAUCAUAGAUGUACCUGCCAUGAAAUGAUUCAAAAGGUGUGUCCCUCAAAAUGUAGGCAUGGUCCGCACAGUUGUCGAGCUAAACUGUUCAUAUAUCUUUGCGUAAAACAAAUGAGUUGUACAUGUAAUCUUGAUUAUUGCUUUCUGCGGCCGGCACACUUUUUUCUAUCUGUAGUUAAAGGUCUACAUGUAUAAACGGGCUAACAACAGUUGCUUCUUGUGUCUACUCCUGUCUAAAGAAAUGUGGACAAGAAGUGAUAGCAGUGUUUUCACCUGUUACGAGAAAAAAACCGCUGUGUGAAAUACGAUCAUGUGAGAAAUUGAAGCAUGGAAAAACAGCCCCCCCCCCCCCCCCCCCCCCCCGAUGACAGGUCAGUUGUACAGCACGGACUGUACACAACUGAGCUCAAAGUGUAAAAUGUAGAUACACUUGACCAAAUUAUGAGCCGAGAUUAAAUUUUUAGCACAUUGAUAUUAACCCUCAUUUAUCCUAGGUUUUAUUGGUUCUUUACUACGUCAUAUCUGACAUUUCUUUUUACAAGAAGUCGUCUGACUUUAAUUAACCUCCCCAACAGCUGCUGGCAUGAACUUUUAUUGUGAAAAUAUUUUCUUUGGUUUAGUUCUUGGACAACAUGCACCAUUAUUUUCCUUACCCCAAUUCUGGGUUGUAUGAUUAUUUUAGGUGUCUUUGUUUUUUUUAUUUAAGGCUCAUCUUUUGUGGGUGUCCCAGACAUGAUAAUUGGAUUGAGAUUCACCAGUGUUCCCCAGUUUUGCUUCAAAUCUGUAUUGGGCUUUGUUAAAAACAAAAUAAAACACUUUUUAAAGAAA